UUCAGAAACGGAGAGUUUGGUGGUUGAUUUAAGGAGAGGAGAGGUGAGUUUGGAGGUAAAUUUGAGAAGAGGAGGGUUUGGAGGUUGAUUUAAGGAGAGGAUUUGAGGAGAGGUGUGUAGAUUUCAGGAGAGGAUAGUUUGGAGGUAGAUUUCAGGAGAGGAGAGUUUGGAAGUAGAUUUCAGGAGAAGGACAGGCAAGUUUGGAGAUACAGUAGAUUUCAGGUGGGGAUUUCAGGAGAAGAUUUAAGGAGAGUUUGUGGGUUGAUUUCAGGAGAGGAGAAUUUGGAGGUAGAUAUAAGGAGAGGAAGGUUUGGUGGCAGAUUUCAGGAGAAAAGAGUUUAGAGGUAGAUUUCAAAAGAAGAUAGUUUGGAGCAGUGGAAUUUAUAAAUUGUAGUUGCGUCCAAUACACUAAAGAACUAAAAUGGCACACAACACAUUAGAGAUUAGCAGCAAGAAAAGACAGCUUCAAAGUAAAGAAGAAAUAGAAAAUAAGAAAAAAAUCCGCUUUGAAGACAGUAAGAAGACACCCGAAGAGAGUAAAGACCACAGACACACCACAGAGGAAGAUGCUGCAGAGAGAAGUGGCCACGAAGCAAAGAAGAUACAACUCCAACUAGAGGAAGAAAAUGAAAAGGGAAUCGGUGCUGAAGACAUCAAGAAGACAGCUGCACACAGACAUAGCACACAUAGGAAGAAUAGAGACCAUGAAGACUUGAAGAAGACAAAAAGAUCAAGAAGUCCAGAUGAGGACAUAGCAGGUCCAACUGAACAGAAGAAGCCUCGUAUAGAAGCUCCAAGACCACCUCACCUGGACAUAAAGAACUACACCUUCCAUACACAGCUGGGGAGUGGUGGCUAUGGCAGGGUGAUGCUGGCUUCUUUUCCGGGCAAAGAUAAACCUGUGGCCGUUAAGAUCAUUGCUAAAAAGCAAAAUGAAAAGGACCAAGCCAUCUUAAAAGAAGUUUGCAUAAUGAAGCUAGCAACCAAAUGUGAUUUCAUUUGUCCAGCAUUCGCAGCUUUUCAAUCUCAGGUUCAAGCUUUUAUCGUAAUGGAGCAUGCCAGCGGGGGAACUCUUCUGAAACAGAUCCGCAGUCAAGGAAAUCUGACUCAACGCAGAAUAUUGUUCUACUCAGCAGAGAUGGUAGUCGGCCUUCAGUUUCUGCAUGCCAAUGGAAUCAUUCAUCGUGACUUCAAACCGGACAACGUUCUUCUGGAUGCUGAAGGCCAUGUUAAGAUCUGUGAUUUUGGGCUCUCUUUAGAAAACACGUUUGGUCCCAAAACCCACAGUGGAGGUGCAGGAACAUUUGGAUUCCGGGCCCCAGAAGUUAUGUCACAGAUGGAUUACAACGCGGGAGCAGACUGGUGGUCUUUCGGUGUCACCUUAUAUGAGAUGGCCACUGGCAACUUGCCAUAUUCUGCAAAAGGCAACACAAAAGAACAGCUUCAUCAGGUUCUACAAAGGCAGCCCUAUUAUCCAUCAUAUCUCUGCCCAGAAUUGCAAGAUCUUUUGUGCAAGCUACUGAAGAACGAGCCUGACCAGCGUCUUGGGGUAAACGGAAACAUCAGAGAACAUCCAUUCUUUGCAUGCCUCGAUUGGGAAGAAGUGGAACAACGUAGACUAGAGCCACCUUUCAAGCCAAAAGUUCGACCUAUUGAAUAUUAUGGAGAAAAGAAAAUCGAAUUUCCAACUGGUGACUCCAGCGAGAGCCGAAUGCUUGAAGAUUUUUCUUUCCUUGAUCCCAACUGGCAGGAGUGAAGCAGUUCUGUGUUGCCAAGUUAGUAACAUGGUGAAACCUGUAACAUCUAAUCACAGCGGAUAGAGUUAGAACAUCGAUUCUUCGUCAAGUCUUCAUCUGUUAGUUAUAGUUUAAAGUAGUUAAAACUAUAGUUAAAAUUAUACAUUUAAAUAAAAAUACUAAUCCACCACCAUCAUCACCACCAUAAAAUAAACAUGGUUGAUCCAGGGACCAAGUCCGAUUGCCGUUUUGGAGUCAGGAAGGAAUUUUUUUUCCCCUUUGGGGCCAUGGCUUCAGAGGGGAUUUUUUCGCCUUCCUCUAGAUCAACUAGUGGAUAGGGAACUAUAGCAGCAAUUUAUUAAAAAUCUUUUAUUGCCACCUA